AUGGCAUCAGAUGAUCAACAAUCCGACCAGGAUGACAAUAACAACACCGUUUUGGUUCAUGAUGUAUUAAACGACGAAAAAGCAGAAGAGCGUGGAUUAAUCGAUAAUAUUGUCUCACCCAAUAGUCAUCAACGUCCAUGGUCCGACUUUACCGUUGCCACAUCAACCGGUAAACAGGAGCCGACUAACGAUGAUACGGUGUGUCGGAGACGUGAUCGUGGAAAAUCUGCACCACCUCUUCAAACACCUAUUGAAGAUUAUCGUCAUCGUAUACGCUCGCAUUCCACUCAAAAACCUCCACUUACCAAUACUUCUCAGUAUCGAAAAUCUCGUCCUUAUAAAUUUAUUCAAUUACAGCAUGCACUUAUGGCUGCAGGACUAUUGAAAUCGGAUGAUGAUCGAAAAAAAUUUGAAUUCAAUUAUUUACAAGUCCAUGAUGAUCGAAAGAAAUUUGAUUUGUUCGUCAAUGACUAUUAUUCUCGUAUUGCUAAACAUCUUAAAGAUAUUGGACAUGCUGAAUUUCUUCGUAAAAGUCGUGCAUUUGCAUGCGAAGAUUUGGUUACAAAUUUCAGGGCGUUAGAUCCAUCACGCGACAUUAAAAUUGAAUUUGCUAAUUAUCGAACAUCGAAAUCGGAUAUUAUUGAUUAUUUACCACAUACAAAAUCUGGAAUAACUACUACACACACAUUCGAUGAAUAUGGCGAUUUAUUUUACGAACAACGUGUUGAUCGUCUGUUGAAAAAUCAAAGUAGAGCACGUGAUGAAAUAACGUUGUUUGCGAAAAAAGCUUCUGAAAAUUUGCACGAAAAAUUUCCACAAAUGAAUAGUGUACCACAUUGUGUCAAAAUCAUUGAUCACCGGGACAUAACAGGACCUAGUGCACGAACAAUUGCAUUUCAACAUCAUCGAAGAAAAAUGUCAAUUAUGGCGAAACGUCGAAAUACCAUCAUGAAAAUGUUGGGAAGUACGCAAAAAUAUCAAAUGAAAACAAUGCAGUUGAUGCAUGGUAAAUCAAACAAUUAUUUAGAUUCAGUACGGUUGUGUCAUGAACUUGUGAGUCGCGCUGAAGAAAUCGAAAAGAAUAUUCGUGACGAUUAUCUUGAUGUUAUGAGACCUUCUCGAAACUUAUCAACCAUUUCCGAUACCUCUCACUCUCUACGUUUGAGUAAUUUAUCUCAGCAAGUUUUUUAUACGUCGAGUACAACAGGUGAUAGAAGUGAACGAUCAACAUCAACAACACUAAAUGAUAAAAGUUCUCUAACAACAGCUACAACAACUUCUUCAACAAUCAACGAUGCAUUGUCAUUAAAACAAAUUGAACAAGAAAAUGGACGAGUAAUAACACCAAAAUUAUUUAGACAAUUACAUACAGCACACGUCAAAACAUCGUGGGUGAACUACGUUUAA